CUGGGAUUGAGUGAUUGACUGAUAAGCCGCGACGUGACCGCUCUUAUCGGUCGGAUGCAGGCCUGUUGCCCCUUGUGGAGCAGGCGCGGGCUCACACCAUUGGUCGCUCCGCCUUUAGCUAGUCCCAUUCGGGUUAGGGAUGGGCGUCCCCAGCUUGGGUGCCUGCGGGUUGACAGGAGGUUCCCUGAGGCAGCAACCCACCAGCACCAGGCCGUGCACGCUUACGCAUCCGUCCUGGAGGUGUUCUUUAUCAGGACCUCCUUCCCGUGCUUCCUCGCCUUCCCUUCUUCUUUCCCCUUCAUCCGCCUGGCUCCCCCCAUCCCUUCUCCCAUCAUCAUCAUCAUCAGCCAACGACUGAGGAAUCUCGCCGUUGUCGGUUUAUCCUUCUUUUCAUUCACAUCCAGUUUGCAUCUUCUUUGAGGUCGUAGGCCAAACCGACUUCGCACCGUUCCUUUCGUUGGUAUCGGUAAUCACAACAACAUGAGAGGCCUUCUCGCUCUAUCGCUAGCAGCCUGUGCUGCGGCGGCCCCAGCAGUCAGCCAUGAGUCGAUCCAUGGCGAUGCCGCUCCCAUUCUUUCGUCCUCCAACGCCGAGGUCGUUCCCAACUCCUACAUCAUCAAGUUCAAGAAGCACGUCACCGAUGACAAGGUUUCGGACCACCACACAUGGAUCCAGAAGAUCCACUCCUCCCGCAUGGAUCUGAAGAAGCGUAGUCAGAUCCCCAUGGUCGACGACGUCUUCCGCGGACUCAAGCACACAUACAAGAUUGGCCAGGACUUCAUGGGCUACUCGGGUCACUUCGACGAGGACACCAUUGAGGCUGUUCGCAGGCACCCCGAUGUCGAGUACAUCGAGCGUGAUAGCGUCGUCCACACAAUGAGCAUGUCGGAGGAUGUCGAUGCCGAGGGCAAGUGCGACAGCGACAUCGAGAAGUCCGCUCCUUGGGGCUUGGCUCGUAUCUCGCACCGUGAUACUCUGAGCUUUGCUACCUUCAACAAGUACCUCUAUGCCGCUGAGGGUGGCGAGGGUGUCGAUGCUUAUGUUAUCGACACCGGCACCAACGUCGAGCACGUUGACUUCGAGGGCCGUGCCAAGUGGGGCAAGACCAUCCCCAACGGCGAUGCUGACGUCGAUGGCAACGGUCACGGUACUCACUGCUCCGGCACUAUCGCUGGCAAGAAGUACGGUGUUGCCAAGAAGGCCAACGUCUAUGCCGUCAAGGUCCUCCGCUCUAACGGCUCUGGUACCAUGGCUGAUGUCGUUGCCGGUGUUGAGUGGGCUGCCAAGUCCCAUAUCGAGCAGGUCAAGGCUGCCAAGGAUGGCAAGCGCAAGGGCUUCAAGGGUUCCGUCGCCAACAUGUCCCUUGGUGGUGGCAAGACCCAGGCUCUCGAUGACACUGUUAACGCCGCUGUCUCCGUCGGCAUUCACUUCGCCGUCGCUGCUGGCAACGACAACGCUGAUGCUUGCAACUACUCUCCUGCUGCUGCUGCCAAGGCCGUCACCGUCGGUGCCAGCGCCAUUGAUGACAGCCGUGCCUACUUCUCCAACUAUGGCAAGUGCACUGACAUCUUCGCUCCCGGUCUCAGCAUUCUCUCCACCUGGAUCGGCAGCAAGUAUGCCACCAACACCAUCUCUGGCACUUCCAUGGCCUCUCCCCACAUUUGCGGCCUUCUCGCCUACUACCUUUCUCUUCAGCCUUCCAGCGACUCUGACUACUCUCUCGCUGAGAUCUCCCCCGAGAAGAUGAAGGCCAACCUUCUCAAGACUGCCACUGUCGGUGCCCUCAGCGACAUGCCCCGUGACACCCCCAACCUCCUCGCCUGGAACGGUGGUGGCUGCAGCAACUACUCUGCCAUCGUUGAGGCUGGCAGCUACAAGGCCACCCCCAAGGCCAAGUCUGACAAGAUCUCGUCCGUCUCUGAGCUUGAGAAGGCUAUUGAGCACGACUACGAGGUCAUCUCCGGCAAGGUCGUCAAGGGUGUCUCUUCCCUCUCCGGCAAGGCUGAGAAGCUCUCGGAGAAGAUCCACAACAUGGUUGAGGAGGAGCUCAAGCAGUUCGUCGAGGAGAUCGCUCUCUAAAGUGAUGAAGACUUUUUAAUAGCGUGUCAUGAUUAGCGCAAUGACUAUGACUGGGCUUUUCAGAUGCCCCCUUUGGUAUUAGGUUGGGACGAGCACUGCUCUGGGUUUUGGGAUAGGUUUCGGAUGGGCGUGGGACAGCCCCGGGAGUUUUCAUGUACAGUAUGCACAAUAUGGGUCACUGAUGAGUUUGGGAUGGGCAUGCAUUUUCGUACGUAAUCAGGUACUAUCUAUCGAUCAUGAGAAACACAAGGUUAUUUUGCCUUUGAUACAA